UUAUUUUUAUUCUAUAGAUGGUUAUAAUUUAGUAUAAAAUUAGUGCUGGUAGUAUCGUGACUAAGGUAUUCGUAUGGUGUAAGUAGACAAUCCGCUAUGAUUGAAUUAACUAGCUUACUAAUAAUGGCUUCAAUUAUUAUAUAAGGGUCAUGCGCUUUAAAUCCUAUAAUAUACGGGCAAUAGCUAUUCCUCCUUUUUUUCUUUAAAAACCUUAUUCGAUAGCCGAGACUUAACAAAAGUUAACGAAGUUUAUUCUCAAUUGUGUAUCAAUAAUUUUUGUUAUACUAUAUGCUUUGUUUCUCAGUUUUUCAAUAUCUAUUUGUUGUUCUAUAUUUAUAGUGAAUUAACUCAAUACAGUAAUAAUGAAUAGUGAUCAAUGUGACGGAGAUGUAGUGAUGCAGGAAGAAGUGACAAAACAAAGAAUAUUAGCUCAGAAAAAAGAAAGAAAAAUAAAAAUUAUUCGGAUUUUGACCGUAAUUGCAUAUCUAGUGUCGGUGUCUACUGUGGCGACCAUGUUGUCGGCUUAUUAUAUUUUUGUAUGGAACCCACAAACUGGUAAUAACACUCAAACGCCUAAUCCUGAAAGAUUGGUUAUAGCAUUACAAAGAGCUAGUAGUGACUAUGUUUUUGCUAAUAGCGCUGACCACGAAUAUACAGAUAAUGGAAGAUUUAUAUCAGAAGUGAAAAAUAGUUAUAAGACCAACGAUCAAUCUAACAAUCCAGAACGAUCCAUUAAAUUUCAAUCAUCGAAAAUCAAAUCUUCGACGACUCACGUUCAAACGCCAAUCGGUAACAUUUCAGAAUCAUUUAUUGUGACUAAAAAUUUAUCAUAGCCUUAAAAACAUA